UAAUACUAACCGUUAAAAGACCGUGAAUGUACAAACCGUGAACAUUAUAUGAUUUUUCUGGAUUUUAUUUACAUCAUGAGGAUUUGCUUGUACAAAAUAAUUUCGUUGAUACUUGUAGUGAUUUUACAAGGGCGUGUCAUUCAAGGAUAUAAUGUGGAGGUUACAAAGGUGGGGCUGGCGAAAGGGGAAAACAAUUCGCAGUUCGGAUAUGCACUGGGUCUUCUUAAUCCCAAUUUGCUUCCUUAUGGUGACAACGUUGUAAUGCUUGUUGGAAGCCCGAACAAGGAGGUUGACGGUAUCCAAGCAUAUGGCGGGGUAAGCGUAUGUGAGAAACUACACGAGGAAAUAAUUACAUGCACAUCGCUCAGCGUCACAGACGGAGGAGUGAACAGAUGUGAUAACUUGAGGGCCUCGAAUAGUAGUCGAAGCCACUGUGAGACAGAUAGCCGUCUGGGAGCCACCAUCGCCGUCAAUAAGAAUUUCCCCUCCUUAGAAGACAAACCACAAGACGUACCUCGUGUUACGAUUUGUGCGCCAGGGUGGAAAAAUACGUACCCGGAAAAAAAUAAAAUGAAGAACAACAUGAUCGGAAUGUGCCUGAAGCUGACUAAUGCCCUAGAGUCUAUGUCCUGUGACACAGAAUCCGUUAAAUAUAGAAAAUAUGAAUUCUGUUGGCCAUUUAGCCCUGGUCAGUUUGCACAAGUCGACCAUGUUAUGGGAGCGUGGAUAAUCUACCCGUACGCCGAGGCUGGAUUGUCUGCAGCAUUUACAACAGACGGAUUAAAUGAGAUUAUUGGUGGUCCAGGGAUAUACCAAUGGCGAGGAGGUAUAAAACUCGUUCAAAGAAACAUGACGUACCACUACUCAUGGCAAGAAGGUCACACUAUGUAUGGAGGUUACGCAGUUGCAAGUGGACAUAUUCUAAAUGAACGCAGUGAGAAUAUUGCAGUGGGUUCCCCAAAUGUAUAUAGCAAGAGCGAAGGAUAUACAGGAAGAGUUGAACUUCUUGAGUAUAGAAACAGCAACGGCACCCGGUUAGAGAAAGGGGAUUUUGUGGAAAUAGGCAUCAAAAGAGAGUGUGACGGGUUAACCGUGAUGGACGUAUCCCGUGACCGUCAGCAUGGUGCUAAAUUUGGAGCAACUGUGGCUGCCAUUGAUAUAAAUGACGACGGUAUUGAUGAACUGCUCGUGGGCGCUCCAUUGUACUCCGGAAGCUACCCAGAGGAAGGGCGGGUUUUUAUCUACACAUCCAAAUUAGACAAACUUUGCGGGCCAGUGUCGGUGUUAUCAGGAAAAGGCGCCAUUAUGGCGAGAUUCGGUUCGGCAAUUGCUUCAGUUGGAGAUAUAGACAGAGAUGGUGCAAUAGAUUUUGCCAUCGGAGCACCAUACGAGGAUGAUGGGGUUGGAGCGGUGUACAUAUACAGAGGCAAUCUCGAUUGUUUUUGUAACAUAAAUAACAACUAUUCUCAAAGAAUCUCCGGAGGUUUAUACAGUCCGAACACCAGGGGAUUUGGUUGGAGCAUCUAUGGUGAUCAUGAUUUAGACGACAACGGCUUUCCUGAUUUUGCUGUUGGUGCCUACGGCUCAGACCAGACGAUUGUGUUUCGAACCCGACCAAUCAUUGACGUCAAUAUGACGAUCAAUAUUUCUCCCAAACAAAUACCAUUAAAUAUAUCAUUGGUCAACUGUUCCAAAGACAACACACAGCUUUGCUUUAACAUGGGUGUGAUCAUGAAUUUUACAUCAGUUGGUUCGCACACAAAGACUGUUAAUGAGAUAACCAUAGAAUUGGAACUUAUGGCGGACAAACUGUUUAAGCAGAAGGAUGGAUACAGCCGAAUGUAUUUUAGAAAAAACGGCAUGGAUACACUAGCUGAAAACAUCACAAUGCAAGGAUCUCGAGAACAAAUGAACGGAGACGAUCCGGAACCACGGGAUGCCUGGACACCUGUGUUGAUGGAAGUCCGUUUCCGGGUCCUGCCCCUACCAGUUCCGUCCUUCAGUCGUCUUGAUCCGAUACUGAAGGAUAGUAUCAGCACAAUUCUCAGAAAACAAGUGCAGUUCGAUAAGAAGUGUGGGACACUUGAUCUUUGCACCUCUGACCUCCAGCUGAAUGUUGACUUGCUACUCAAAGGACCCGGUUUCUCCAAGGAUAUUGUUGACGAUAUACCUAUUUAUGUCGGCGAAGGAGACAGAUUAAUUGUCACUGUAGAUGUAAAGAAUCUAAACGACACCUCCUACAAUGCGAAUUUCUCGAGUACAAUAGGAGCAGCUCGGAUAGGACAAACGUUACAUGACCAAGGUGACGUAACGGCAAACUGCACACACACGCCUGACUUUGCACGAACUUGGAGCACAUGUUUGGCCAAUAGCAAACUCGAUCGCAACGAAAACUUUAAAGUCAUAAUGGAGUUUGAUGUCUCAAAAGGGAAACUCAUUCCAGAAAACAACAUCGACAAGAUGCAGCAGUCGCUUAUGAUUGUGGUUGAUGCCAAGCAAGAAAACCGGGACACGAAUCCUAAGAACAACAAAUUUAACAAAACUGUUAAUAUUCUGCUCAAAUACAAUAUGCGUAUUUUGCCUAAUCCCGACAUAUCUGCCGAUGAGAGGUACAAACAGAAUGACCAAAGUACAAGGAAGAUCACUCUCAUACACCAGUACAGCAUUAGAAAUCUUGGGCCAAGUUAUCUACCGAAAACAUACGUUAAUAUCACCAUACCUGUCCGCAAGGGUUCAUUAGAGCUCGCACGAAUAGUGACUCUUGAUUGGGAUAUUCAUCAGCAUGUAACGCGCAGAACACACAACCUAUUGUUCAAACGACAACAAAGUCUCUACCGACGACGUCCUCUUAUGCUGCCUGAACCUGAAAAACAGAGAAAACGACGGUCCGCAGAAGAGCCCCGUGCAGAAGCUGUGAGCUCGACUGAUCAGGGCGCAUCAAAAUUUAUCACAUGUGGGGAGUACGACUGUAUCACUGUUGAAUGCCUUGUGACAAAUCUGGGAAGCAACAAGGAAACAACCGUCAACGUGACAAUUGAUGUGUUUGAAAAGGCACUGGCAACGGAAAAGAAUGCUCGUGAGUUCUUGUACGGAACCAACGCUACAGUCACAGAUCCGGUUGUCUGGUUUUCUUGUAAAGUCGUUCCCUUUGACAGCACCGUAUAUGCAACGAAAUGGACCCGACUGGUCGUCGAUGCUGAAUCUGUUGCCAGUGAGGUUUCCAUGUGGAUUAUAAUCGGGGCUGUGUUGGGAGCAAUAGCGCUGCUUCUUAUCGUCUUGGGAAUACUCUACAGGUUCGGGUUCUUCAAGCGAAGCAAAAAGCACUACCAGAUUAAACAAAUGAAGAGGGAAAGUCUCUACAACCGAAUGAGCCAACGGAUGUCUACCAUGGGCAGAAGGACUGAUAACCCGCCGUAUGACGCCAUGGGUACUGGGGAAUCCAAUACUUCACUGAAUUAAAUAGGAGCUUGUGUUUUCUGUGAUAUUUAAAUGUUAGCUUACUUUACUUUUGGCUCGGCUCAUUCACUAUAUAUGAAAGGUUUACUUACAAUAUAUACGUACAUAUUAACAUGGUGAUUAUGAUGCUCACUCGGUGAGGUGUAUUGCGAUCCAACACUGAAAUAUACUUUCCUUUCAAUUAUCUGCCUUAAAGUUGUAUUGACAUACAUAUAAUUUAAAAAAAAACGUACAGUAUGGGAUUUUAGACGAGGAAUAUGGUUAUUUUUUAAAUUAAGCCUGUGUAAAGAUUACCUAGGAUUGAUGAGGAUUAAUGUGUUUACUGAACGAAAUAUCGCAAUAGUUAUUGAUUAUUUAACCAUAAUCUGUAUUUCAUUUUGUUAUUGCCUGACCUAAUAUGAUAUUUAGUUUGAAAUGUCUUCAUUGAGUUUCUCUUUGUGUUUUUUUUUUCAUUGCCUCAUUGUAGUAAUUUGUGCAUGUUUGUCGUCUUUUUACACAACAUAUUCAAAUAUCUAUGAAACAUGCUUCAAUUCACCUUCCCUAACCCUUUCUUCAAUUACAAUAGUUUGCCCUUUAAAUUAUUCUACAACCAGGACAGGAAUAAUAUACUUGGAAUAAAUAACAUGCAAGAACAUUUAAUGGGCCGUAGAACAUAAAAUGUAUACAAAUCGAACUAUGUACCAAAUCAAUGAUAUAGAUUUCACAGAAUUGGAACGAAUCAGAAGAGGGGUUUCUUAGUCCCUACAUUUUCAUGUUUGGUUUCGGAUUGUUCAGAGAAAACAUAUACAACUUCUUACUGUUACAUGUCUUAAAACCGUCGAGUGCAUAAUAUAAUUAAAUGAAAAUUUUGAAACAUUGUUAAAAUAAAACGUUUAUCUUCUUAUUAAAUGAAUGGCUAUUUUAUUCAAAUCAAACGUUAAAAACAUGGUUAUUACCCAAAUUUUUGUUGUAUACGUGUCAACCAUGUUUAUUACCCAAACUUCAAUUGUAUACGUGUAAAGCAUGUUUAUUACCCAAACUUCAAUUGUAUACGUGUAAAGCAUGUUUAUUACCCAAACUUCAAUUGUAUACGUGUAAAGCAUGUUUGUUACCCAAACUUCAAUUGUAUACGUGUAAAGCAUGUUUGUUACCCAAACUUCAAUUGUAUACGUGUAAAGUAUGUUUAUUACCCAAACUUCAAUUGUAUACGUGUAAAGCAUGUUUAUUACCCAAACUUCAAUUGUAUACGUGUAAAGCAUGUUUAUUACCCAAACUUCAAU